AGAAACUUCCUGUCUCACUGUGUAAUCAACAUGGCUGCCUCCGUGAGAACGUUUGUCCGCAGUUUGUCCCGCAAAAAUGCUUGUUUCGCCGCAGUAUUGCGGCAGUCAGACUGUCGGUGGUUCACCGGUGCAGCCGAGGACCGGAGCACUCACUUCGGCUUCGAGACCGUAUCUGAGGCGGAGAAAGCAAGCAAAGUCUAUAAAGUUUUUGAAAACGUGGCUCAGAAGUAUGAUGUCAUGAACGACGCCAUGAGUCUGGGGAUCCACCGCCUGUGGAAGGACGCGCUGCUGCACGUCAUGCACCCGCAGCCCGGCGCUCGCCUGUUGGACGUGGCGGGGGGGACGGGUGACAUUGCUUUCCGGUUCCUGGACUACAUCCGUUCUCAGCAGGAGAAGCAGCAGAGGCGGGCCAUGUCGUUGGGACAGACGCCGUCGUGGCGGGACAUUUCUGAUGGGUAUCCGGCUGGGGGCGGAGCUCCGGAGUCUGCGGUUGUGGUCUGUGACAUCAACAAGGAGAUGCUGAAAGUGGGCAGACAGCGGGCCGACAGCAGGGGGGUCACCACAGGUCUGUCCUGGGUGGUUGGAGAUGCAGAGGAGCUGCCCUUCAACGAUGACCAGUUUGAUCUUUACAGCAUCGCGUUCGGCAUUCGGAACGUCACUCGCAUAGAUCAGGCGCUCAAAGAGGCUCUUCGGGUCCUGAAACCUGGCGGCAGGUUCCUGUGUUUGGAGUUCAGCAAAGUGACCAAUCCUGUGCUGGAACGGCUCUACGAUGCCUACAGCUUCCAGGUGAUCCCAGUUUUGGGAGAAGUGAUCGCUGGAGACUGGAAAUCUUACCAGUAUUUGGUGGAGAGCAUCCGCAAGUUUCCUGACCAGGAGGAGUUCAAAGGCCUGAUGGAAGACGCCGGGUUUUUCUGCGUGCAGUACUUCAACCUGACUGGGGGGGUGGUGGCUCUCCAUUCUGGCUUCAAGCUGUGAGGAAGAGCGGCUCUUCGUCUGCGCGGAUGAUUUCUGACAUGAAGCGGAGUCGCAUUUCUGCUCCAUAGAUGAAUUUGUAAAAAGAUAUUUUCAGUCUUGUACCACAAAGAUUAUUGAGUUUAUUUAACAAAAUGCUUUAAAUUAAAGCAAAGCUGUUUGACGUCACGAGUUAAAUAAAGUUUUAUUUGUUGUCGGAUAUGAAAAGGUUUGUGAUGUCAUACUUUAACGGUGAAUUGCAGCUUCCAUGGAGACUGAGGCUCAUCUUGUUCUCAUUAAAAUGUGCAUCAGAGUUCUUUACAGGAACUUCAGGUUCUUGUUGCUUAGCAACCACAGAGACCACCGUCCUUGUAGUCUUCAAGGUCACUCAGGUAAAAUAGCAGGUGAACAGAUUAGCAGUUAUUAAGAGCUGCUUGUUGAUUGACAGGUGUUCAUGGUGGCGUUGCAAUAAAGUUUUGCUGCUUGUUUGAA